GCCGAGAAGCAUUGCGCUCAGGAGUGAGGGGUGGCCCAUCGUCGCCUCCCUCUGGGUGGGCAGCGGCAGCACUCGCCAAAUAGGGCAAGGGGGGCGCCGUGGAGGGCGUCACCCGCUCGCAGUUCUUGGGUAGCGGGUCGUCCAGACUUUCUUCCCUGACGAAGAAGCGGUGAGAGCCGGAGCUUCGGCGGCCCUCUUUUUCUCAUGGGUCGCUUCUUGGCUUGGUCGAAGCGCGAGCCAUUGGGGAGACAGAAGCCAGAGGGCGACCGGCGGUUCUGUGUUGGAAGCAAGCAAACCUGCAUGGGGACUUUGCUCCGCUUUUCAAACCCUUGACGCUGCAAGCGGUUCCCGAGGACCAGCAGGGAGACGCCACCAUUUGGCUGCCCGCUGUGCCCCCCGUUAAGUUUUCUUGGCUGCUUCACGCCACAUCUAACCUUGUGGGUCCCACCCGGGCAGAGCCCCUUUCUCUUCACCAUAUACACUUCGACUCAGGAGAGGAGCUUCUUCCAGCCCCGUACCUUGUUCUAAGUUUUAUGGGCUGUGGAAGUGGAGCGAUUCGCCGUCUAAGCAGGGCAGCCCUCUCGCCGUCUCCGCCUCCCUCCUCUUGCUGCCGAGGGUGGGUGCACUUCUUUGCCAAACAGGCAUCAGCAUGAGGACUGACAGGUGACUGGAGUUUUCGAGGGUGUUUGGGGACCUUCCUUCCGUCCUUUCCUCCGGAUUGUUUGGUAUUCUUGCUCCUUUGAUUUUUCCAACCAUGACGACGAAUUGAGGUUUUUGAAAAGGGUGAAGAGCAUCUUCUGAAUCGCGGUGUCUGCUGAAAUAAUGGCUGCUGACCGAGAUGGAGAAGUGAGGUGGGAUGGGCUACGCAGCAGGGAUGCCAACGCCAGAGACAGUGCCUUGGAAAACAUCAGGCAAGCAGCCCUGAAGAAAAGUGAGGCUAUGGCCCUUGCCAAAGAAAAAACGGCUCCUCCAGCAGCAGCAGUAGCAGCAGCAGCAGAAGGGCUCUUGCCUUCUGCUCAUGGGGCUUCAGGUGGGCUGAACGAGAUGCUCGCACGUCUGCUGAUGCUGUCCAAGAGGUGUCCCUUCCAAGAUGUGAGAGAGAAGAGUGAGGCCAUUCUGAGGAGUGUUCAGGAACUUGGAGUUAGAAUUCCUAGACCGCUGGGACCAGGACCAAGCAGAUUCAUCCCAGAGAUGGAGAUUCUUCAAGUGAGCACUGAAGAUACCCAGAUGCAUACUUUGUUUGCCGAGUCUUUCACAACUUUAGGGCGUUUGGACAAUAUUACCUUAGUGAUGGUUUUCCACCCACAGUAUCUAGAGAGUUUUUUGAAAACUCAGCAUUAUCUGUUGCAGAUGGAUGGGCCACUGCCUCUUCAUUAUCGACACUACCUAGGUAUCAUGGCUGCAGCGAGGCACCAGUGCUCUUACUUGGUUAAUCUACACGUCAGUGACUUUCUUCAUGUUGGGGGAGACCCUAAAUGGCUGAAUGGUCUAGAGAACGCACCUCAGAAACUGCAGAAUUUGGGUGAAUUGAAUAAAAUCUUGGCACACAGACCUUGGCUCAUUACUAAGGAACAUAUUGAACAACUUUUAAGGACUGAAGAACAUAGCUGGUCAUUGGCAGAACUGAUCCAUGGCGUAGUUCUUCUUACACACUACCAUUCGCUUGCCUCCUUUACAUUUGGCUGUGGAAUCAACCCAGAGAUUCAUUGCGAUGGCGGUCACACUUUCAGGCCUCCCUCUGUCAGUGACUACUGCAUUUGUGAUAUUACAAAUGGUAACCACAGCAUGUGUGAGACACAGGGCCCAGUUAGAAAUAUUCCAACUACAGAGCCCUCCUAUGAAGUGGAAGCACUUAUGGAAAAAAUGAAGCAGCUACAGGAAUGCAGAGAUGAAGCUAAAGCCAGCAAAGAAGAAAAGGCCACCCGUUUUGAGAAAGAGAAGCGAGAAAGCAUGUUGGUCUUUUGCUCAGGGGAUGAAGAAACAGCACCCACAAGAGAUGUGUCUCGCCACUUUGAGGAUACCAGUUAUGGUUAUGAGGAUUUCUCCAGGCAUGGAAUGCAUGUGCCUACGUUGCAUGCUCAGGACUAUUCAUGGGAGGAUCAUGGCUAUUCACUGGUAAAUCGUCUGUAUCCAGAUGUGGGCCAACUGAUAGAUGAGAAGUUUCAUAUUGCCUAUGACCUGACUUACAACACAAUGGCCUCACAUAAAGAUGUGGAUACCUCUAUGCUUAGGCGUGCAAUUUGGAAUUAUAUCCACUGUAUGUUUGGAAUAAGGUAUGAUGAUUAUGACUACGGUGAAAUCAACCAGCUACUUGACCGCAACUUUAAAGUUUACAUCAAAACUGUAGUUUGUAUGCCUGAAAAAACCACAAAAAGAAUGUAUGAUAGCUUCUGGAGGCAAUUCAAACACUCUGAGAAGGUUCAUGUUAAUUUGCUUCUCAUAGAAGCGCGGAUGCAAGCUGAACUGCUUUAUGCUCUAAGAGCCAUUACUCGCUACAUGACCUGAAACGUGGGUUAAGGAUGAUGGAAGGUGCAGCAUAAUCCCACCAGAGGAUGGUGAAAGUUUCUGAAACAAUCGUGGCUGAAAGCUAUGAGAUUCGUCGUGCCAUAACUCCUUUAGUUUUUGCUCUUCCUUUGAUGGAAUGUCACUGCUGCCACCGCCACCAGAUGUGGUGGUUGGGGGGACACAACUGUGCAGGCCCACCCCCUGAUCACUACAGCCUUGCUUCAGGUAACCCAGAAAACCAUGAUUUGUGGCAGCGAAGUAGUAAAUUAUGCAGAUCUCGUUUUGUGGCAAGUAGCUAACACCUGGAGCAUAAGAAGAGGUUUUCUGGUUUUGAUACAAGAAUAAUUGUUUUUAGUAAUGUCCUGAUGCUGCUGUACUUGCUGGUGGAAUGAAGAGACUAGCAAAUCCAAUGAAGCUACAAGUGAACACAAGCACUGCUAAUGUCUGAGCCUGUAUCUGAUAUGGUUUUAGAUAAAAGUCCUAGCUCAUAACCCCAACUGUAUGCCAUACUAACCGUUACAAUCCCCACAGGAUCUUUUUUAAAAUACUGUUGCUUAGCUUUAAACUAUGCUAGUGGCUUGGACUUGUUCAAAUGGGUGUCAUUAAUUCAAGAGGAAGAAGGGACGGGAAUUUGUAAAGUUGCCACACCUGCAACUUUAUACUAUAUAAUAAGGAACGAGAAUGAGCAUCGUUCUUCUCUCCCUGUUAUUCCCAGGCACUAGCUACAGUGUGAGAAUGUGAUUUCAGACUAUCUAGCAACCCUUCACUACAUUGCUUACUCAUGGCUAUGGUCUGUCACAUAGCAGCAGCUUAAGUAGAAAAAUGCUGUCAAACAUUAACUGUAAGUUUGGUAUACAGCUGGUUUUUGGAUACUUUUAUAUGAGUGUGAAUUCCUUCUGAAAUCUCAGUAUUACUGAAUUAUUAAAUAAAGCUAUUCCCGCCCUCUAGUCUUAUAUCAGGAUUUUGUUUGAAUUAGUAUUGCACGUUGCAGAACAGAGCAGUGAGUGGAUAUUCACUCUUUGCUAUAUAUGAAACUUGACCAUGAGGAAAAUGAACAAAAAAGCUAAACUGCAACUCUUGACAGUUUAACAGGAAGCAUCUGCUAUUUCUCCUAUUCAAAAUGUACAAGGUCAUAGACUAAAUGUGCAGUGUUAAAAGUUUGAUUUGGCUUAAAUAUCCUUUCAUCAGUUUAUAUCUUUGUUUUGUGAAGUCAUUCAACUAUAUAGGUCUCGCCCAUCUGCCAGCAAAGAAACGGAUAAUUUCAUUAGCUCAAAUAACAGCUAAUGAUGGAGGAGUGUAUGUCUUCUGUAUUCAGUGCUAAAGUGAAUUUUAUCUACAGCUCAAUCAAGUUAUGUAAAGAUUUGAGUUUGCAAUUUUGCUCAAGUACAGCUUGUUAUGAGCGUAAGGAAGAAAGAGCAAAUAAUUCAGGAGGAAAUGUUGCAUGUUUCUCAGAUAUUUUGGUUAGAGCACGUUAAGGUUAAUUUUUCAUACAAAAGUGAUGUAGGACGGAGGAACACAAUAGCCACCAGUUUAAGUUUCAAUCAUAUAAUGAUGCUGCAGAUCCAAAAUCUUGAAUAAAGGUAAAUCUGUGUUUAGACUGAC